AUGGAGAAAUGGAGAUCUUCAGGUCUCAUCACAGAUGCACACUUGGCUGAAAUGCAGUUGGAUGCUGACAAGAUUGUACUGCCAGAGGACUACACGCCAUUAGGGACAAAGAUUGGGCAUGGCUUCCCAUUCAUGAAUGCCGACAAAUGGAAGUCUUGGUACUUGGUGUACUCUCCUGUUCUUCUGCGUGGUCGUCUACCUGAAGCUCAUCUCAGUAACUGGACAACGUUUGUCAAUGCAUGCCAGUACCUCUCAAUGCCAAGCAUAUCUACGGCUCACCUUGAUGAAGCCCAUCAAUCUUUGGAGGCCUUCUGCAGAGAGUGCGAGAAGUUGUAUAAAGUCCCGUUUCUUUUGCCAAACAUGCAUCUCCAUCUUCAUCUGCGAGAGACUAUACUGAACUUUGGUCCGGUUUAUGGCUAUUGGCUUUUUACUUUUGAAAGAUGCAAUGGGAAACAAGCCUUUGCCCCCUUUUGCACUUCUUUAGCUCUAAAGGGGAACAUUUCCAUGGAUGAAUCCAAGUAUGAGCAUUUGUUGGAAUACUUUCGCAAGACAUACAAUGAUCAAACUCUUGUUCAUUAUCGUCAGGCUGGUCAUUCCAAUAAUUUUGUUAAUAACUGGAUACAGAAGUUUGAAUCAAUCGAUCUUCUCGGGCAAAUCUACAAGAGCAAAACAAAGAAUCAGUGCGGGUCAUUGAUGCAAGCCUUGUUUGAGACAAGUGAUGGUAGAAGUACCAAGCCGUACGCAGGCCAAAUCCAGUACCUCUUUGUCAAUACUGCUGUAAACUCGUUUGCUGAUCAUACAAGCCAGCAUGUAUUUGCAUAUCCCAGAGCAGGAGAAGGAGUUGAGGUGAAUGAGGUGGGGUUAGAAGAUGACAGCAUGAACAGCAUUCUCUCAGUGCAUAGAAUCCGUUAUCCAGUUGCAGUAGGCGAGCACCUUGGUCUAGAAGGCAAAGUUCAGAUGUGUGUAGUUCCUUUGCCACGAAAAAUAUAUAUUUAG